AUGGGUGCUGUGUUGCAGCAGAGGAUUGACGACGCCUGGGUUCCGUUGUCCUUUUUCUCCAGGAAGCUUUCAGAGACGGAAAAGAAAAACUCCGCCUUCGACACAGAACUUCUGGCUGCCUACCUAUCUAUCAGACGACGAGAUACAAUUACCAUUUGGUAUCCCUGCAGNCAAACUAGAGAUUCUACCAGAUGUUUGUCAGGUAAAAACAAACUAGAGAUUCUACCAGAUGUUUGUCAGGUUCGAGUAGAUUUUGUAGAUACACAACUUCUUACUCCACUAGAUGGUAGUUGUUCAAGACAAGCACUCACUCUCAGUGGAACAAUUUGGCCUCUGGGAGUCAAGCAUUUUUGUGGGAUAAAUAGAGAACAGCAUUUCUAUGUCGAGACUUUAGACGGAUAUCCAUUAAAGUUUAUAGACUUUAAGGUUGAAACUAAAGAAGCAGGAGAGUAUAAAUGGGGACUCUGGAUCACACAGAUAGUUUGUGAUGGGACACGAACAGUUCAGGCCCCAGCUGGAUGUUUCCAGCUGUACAAUGAUAUCUCCGCUGUAAUAAACUCCUUCAACUAUGACGGGGGAGAAUAUCUUAAAGAUCAACAUUACAGAAUGUGUAUAGUGGCAGCACCUGGGGCCUGCAGAAUUAAAUAUAGUGAAGACGGAGCUUUUAUGCUGGAAAAAUGGGGGAACACUCCUCUCAACCCCUUCACAAGUGCAGGACUCUCAUCUCAAUAUUGCGUCAGUGAUUAUCUUCAACUGAACAGGGGAAUAGUUCCUAUAUCUGGAGAUACUCAGGAUAGGUUUUGUGGAGGUCAUCUUAAUAUUGUUCAUGGAGCUGACACGCCAGGAUAUGUGAUCAGCGAGAUCUACAGUAGAAUAGUGUACCUUGAGUUUCAUAGUUCGAGUCCUAAACAUCAAUAUAUACCAGAACAUCAUGGUCCAGGGUUCAAGAUACGAUAUGAUCAAGAGAUUUGCUGAUACAUCAUUAUAUGCAUAUAACAUCUAUAAAAAUA